CCUAAAACUGCAGCCAUCAGCUGUAGAAACUACUCUCUUUCUCAUCAAUGGACCUCCAAUGGCUAAGUCUGGUUGCCACAAUGUGGCUGCAAUCCAUCAACGGUACCAAUUCAAAUUUCCCUGCUUACUCAUCCGAGCUCAAGCGAAUUCUCUCCAUAUCACAACUGCUCCUCAACAAUCUUGCUUCUGCUUCCGACGCCGGCAAGCUUCUUGGCUGGGUCUCUGGGAUUGCCGCAGCCCAUUUCCCGCUCUGGCUAGUCCUGUUCAUCGGCUCCUUCCUCGGCCUCGUUGGUUACGGUGUCCAGUUCCUCUUCCUCACAAACCAAGUCUCUCUAUCCUACUGGCACAUUUUUUUCCUGACUGUUUUAGCCGGAAACGGCAUUUGCUGGAUUAACACCGUCUGCUACAUUAUCGCCAUACGUAACUUCCCCCUUGAUCGCCAGAUUGCUGUCAGUUUGUCCACCAGCUACGUGGGAUUAAGCGCAAAGCUCUAUACCAGUAUAGUGGAUGUUGUGGCUCCGACAUCAGCUGCCGAGAGGGCCAAAGUGUUUCUUCUUUUGAAUUCCGUGUUACCGCUAAUAGUCUGCACUGUGGCUGCACCCUUAGCAAGGGACGUGGAUGGGGGAAAAUCAAGGAAACUGACAAGAGGGUUCUCUACCAUGUUCGUGAUCACAAUCAUCACGGGAGUGUUUGCUGUGAUCACCAGUUUGGGGUCGGUGGGCUCGAGGUUUAUGCCUCAGUAUGUGGUUCUUGUGGGCAUGAUUGUGGUACUGUUCUUGCCGCUGGUUGUUCCACUGGUGGAAAGAAUCAGGGAGAGGGUGCAGCAGAAGUGCUUGAUUAGAGUGCAUGAUGAGGGGUUUGCAUCGAUGGAGAAUGGGGAGAAAUCAUCAGAUAUUCAGAGGGAUGUUGUUGAAAUUGGAGUGGUGGAGGAGAUUGGAGCAAAGAUGAUGGUGAGAAGAGUGGAGUUCUGGCUCUACUUCUUUGUUUAUUUGUUCGGCGCUACACUUGGUUUGGUGUACCUCAACAACCUAGGACAAAUUGCUGAAUCACGAGGCUGUUCUGGGAUCUCUUCACUCGUAUCCUUGUCUUCUGCUUUCGGUUUCUUCGGCCGUCUCCUGCCAUCACUUCUUGAUUACUUUUUCCCAAAAAACAAACGCGUGUGUUCAAGAGCCGGAGCCAUGGGAGCCACCAUGGCCCCAAUGUGCGGAGCGUUCUUUUUACUACUAAACACGCACGACGUUUCACUCUACGCCAGCACUGCCGUUAUAGGCAUAUGCACCGGUGCAAUCACCUCCAUCUCUGUGUCGACAACCAUUGAACUCUUCGGGACAAAGAACUUCGGUGUGAAUCAUAAUGUCUUGGUCUCUAACAUACCUAUAGGGUCUUUCUUGUUUGGGGACUUUGCUGCACAGCUCUACAACAGAGGGAGAAAUGCCUCCGGAGAAGGGAACUGCAUUGGUCAAAAAUGCUACCAGACCACUUUCAUCAUAUGGGGUUGUUUGUGUGUAGUAGGGACAUUGCUAGCUUUCAUCCUUCAUGCACGAACAAAGAAACUAAUGCAUUCACAUAACAGACUAUAGACUACAAUUUAUUCAAUUAGGGUUUGCUGUUGUUUAUC